AUGCUGAGGCCUGAGAUCCCACCAACUUCGCCUUCUGUCCCUGCGGUUUCCUCUUCCUCGGUAGAGGCUCGGUCCCAGGGUCCCCGCUACAAUUUCGGACUCCAGGAGACUCCUCAGAGAUGUCCUUCAGCCCAGGCCGCCUCUUCGUCCUCCCCUCCAGGCACGUCUGGAGCGGCGGGCGACCGGAGCGGCAGCAGCAGCCUCCCUCGGCACCCGCCCAGCGCGCGGCCAGCUCAAGAUUCAUACUUUACAAACAAAAGAUCUUAUGCAGAAAACACACUUGCAUCACAUUUUACUCUCGGUACAAGCUCAUCCUCUGCGCGAGAUAGUAAUUAUCCUCAAAUACUAAAAACUCCAUUAUCUGCUGGAAAUCCCCAGAGACCAGGUUAUAAAAGUUGGACACUGCAAAUGGAAUAUUCAGCUACAUCCUCAUCUGCAGUUUCUGCACACUCUCCAUCAGUUAUUGUAGCUGUUGUAGAAGGGAGAGGACUUGCCAGAGGUGAAAUAGGAAUGGCAAGUAUUGAUUUAAAAAGCCCACAAAUUAUAUUAUCUCAGUUUGCAGACAACACAACAUAUGCAAAGGUGAUCACUAAACUCAAAAUUUUAUCACCUUUGGAAAUAAUAAUGUCAAAUACUGCUUGUGUUGUGGGGAAUUCAACCAAGUUGUUUACUCUCAUCACAGAAAAUUUCAAGAACGUUAAUUUCACUACUAUCCAAAGGAAAUACUUCAAUGAAACAAAAGGAUUAGAGUACAUUGAACAAUUAUGCAUAACAGAAUUCAGCACUGUCCUAAUGGAGGUUCAAUCCAAGUAUUACUGCCUUGCAGCUGUUGCAGCUUUAUUAAAAUAUGUUGAAUUUAUUCAAAAUUCAGUUUAUGCACCAAAAUCGCUGAAGAUUUGUUUCCAGGGUAGUGAACAGACAGCUAUGAUAGAUUCAUCAUCAACCCAAAACCUUGAAUUAAUAAUUAAUAAUCAAGACUCUAGGAGCAGUCACACACUCUUUGGUGUUCUAAAUUACACUAAGACUCCUGGAGGAAGUAGAAGACUUCGUUCUAAUAUAUUAGAACCUCUAAUUGAUGUUGAAACCAUUAACAUGAGGUUAGAUUGUGUUCAAGAACUGCUUCAAGAUGAGGAACUCUUUUUUGGACUUCAGUCAGUUUUAGCAAGAUUUCUUGAUACAGAGCAGCUUCUUUCUGUUUUAGUCCAAAUUCCAAAGCAAGACACGAUUACUGCAGCUGAAUCAAAGAUAACAAAUUUAAUAUACCUAAAACAUACCUUGGAACUCGUGGAUCCUUUAAAGAUUACUCUGAAGAACUGUAACACACCUUUAUUAAGAGCUUACUAUGGUUCCUUGGAAGAUAAGAGGUUUGUAAUCAUACUUGACAAGAUUAAAACAGUAAUUAAUGAUGAUGCAAGAUACAUGAAAGGAUGCCUGAACAUGAGGACUCAGAAGUGCUAUGCAGUGAGGUCUAACAUAAAUGAAUUUCUUGACAUAGCCAGAAGAACAUAUACAGAGAUUGUAGAUGACAUAGCAGGAAUGAUAUCGCAGCUUGCAGAAAAGUAUAGUCUUCCUUUAAGGACAAGUUUUAGCUCUGCUCGAGGAUUUUUCAUUCAGAUGACUACAGACUGUACAGCCCUACCCAAUGAUCAGCUUCCUUCAGAGUUUAUUAAGAUUUCUAAAGUGAAAAAUUCUUACAGCUUUACAUCAGCAGAUUUAAUUAAAAUGAAUGAAAGAUGCCAAGAGUCUUUGAGAGAAAUCUAUCACAUGACUUACAUGAUAGUGUGCAAACUGCUUAGUGAGAUUUAUGAACAUAUUCAUUGCUUACAUAAACUGUCUGACACUGUGUCAAUGCUGGAUAUGCUACUGUCAUUUGCUCAUGCCUGCACUCUUUCUGACUAUGUUCGGCCAGAGUUUACUGAUACUUUAGCAAUCAAACAUGGAUGGCACCCCAUACUUGAAAAAAUAUCUGUGGAAAAACCUGUUGCCAACAAUACCUAUAUUACAGAAGGGAGUAAUUUUUUUAUCAUAACUGGACCAAAUAUGAGUGGGAAAUCCACAUAUUUGAAACAGAUUGCUCUUUGUCAGAUUAUGGCCCAGAUUGGAUCAUAUGUUCCAGCAGAAUAUGCUUCCUUUAGAAUUGCUGAACAGAUUUUUACAAGAAUAAGUACUGAUGAUGAUAUUGAAACAAAUUCAUCAACAUUUAUGAAGGAAAUGAAAGAGAUAGCAUAUAUUCUACAUAAUGCUAAUGACAAAUCACUCAUAUUAAUUGAUGAACUUGGCAGAGGUACUAAUACAGAAGAAGGUAUUGGCAUUUGUUACGCUGUUUGUGAAUAUCUGCUGAGCUUAAAGGCGUUUACACUGUUCGCUACACAUUUCCUGGAACUAUGCCAUAUAGAUGUUCUAUAUCCUAAUGUAGAAAACGUCCAUUUUGAAGUUCAACAUGUAAAGAACACCUCAAGAAAUAAAGAAGCAAUCUUGUAUACCUACAAACUUUCUAAGGGACUUACAGAAGAAAAAAAUUAUGGAUUAAAAGCUGCAGAGGUGUCAUCACUCCCACCAUCAAUUGUCUUGGAUGCCAAAGAAAUCACAAGUCAAAUAACCAGACAAAUUUUGCAAAGCCAAAGGAGUACCCCUGAGAUGGAAAGACAGAGAGCUGUGUACCAUCUAGCUACUAGGCUUGUUCAAACUGCUCGAAACUCUCAGUUGGAUCCAGACAGUUUACGAACAUAUUUAAGUAAUCUCAAAAAGAAAUAUGAAGCAGAUUUUCCCAGGGCUGAACAAGUUUCAGGAAUCACUGAAGAAUAA